AUGGCCGUGAAGUGUUGGCUGUUGGAGACUUUGCCGGCACAACUAUCCAGCAAGAAGCCCAAAACCUGCACCAUCAUCACAGGCUGGGGCAAAUCGCGGCCCAGCUGGAAAUGGGACUCGGACCCAUGUUUCUUAGAAUCUGUCAAGCUUUCUGUCAUGGUCAUGCUGGGACGCCAUGACCUGGUGGCCACCCCGACCCACAAUCCAGGCCUGCUGCGGUUGGAGCUCAGGGCGCAAGAUCUUGAAGCCUUCAGAGCUUCCCUAGCCUCGGAAGGCUCAGAUUCUGACUCAGAUUCUCGCAGCUAUCAGGCGCUCGAAACACCGAGCUCUGAAGCCAUUCCCGUUUCCUCUCGGGAGCUGGCGACCAAGAAGAAGAAGAAGAAGCGCGACAAAUCCGUACACCGUAUCGGGCGGACCGGCCGUGCGGGCAAGAGCGGCGUGUCGAUCACCUUCUGGAAUGAGGGCUACGACAUGGAAUGUGCGCCAGCGCUGGUCAAGAUCGCCAAAGAGGCUGGCCAGCACGUGCCCGAGUGGCUUGAGAAGGCCGCAGCGAAGCAGAAGCAGGCCAAGACGAAGGCAUGGCGCUACUGA